GAGCGAGAGGGUUGGUCAGGCGCCGCCGAGGGCACCCCGGGCGAGGGGGUCCUUCCUGAGCCUCCCCCUCCGGGGCGCAGAGGAGUCAAGAUGGCGGCCGCGCGAAGGCUAGGGGUGGCCGCGGUGGGGCUGGGCGGCCGCUUUUGCCGCUUGGGAUUAAACAGCAUUAAUACAAUGACCCAACAACGCCUAUAUUUUGCUAUGCCACAGAAGCCACCCACUCACUCUGCAGUACUACAACCAGCAAGGUCUAUGUUUAUUCAGACUCAGGACACUCCAAAUCCAAACAGCUUGAAAUUUAUCCCAGGAAAGCCAGUCUUGGAGUCUAGAACUAUGGAAUUCACCUCUCCUGCUUCCACAUAUUGCUCACCCUUGGCAAGACAGCUCUUCAGGAUUGAAGGAGUUAAAAGCAUCUUCUUUGGAACCGACUUCAUCACUGUCACAAAGGAAAGUGAGGAUGUGGACUGGAACUUAAUAAAACCUGAUAUUUAUGCAACUAUUAUGGAUUUCUAUUCUUCUGGUUUACCUGUCGUUACUGAUGAAGCACCUCGUUCAGACACAGCUCCAGCUGAAGAAGACGAUGAAGUUGUAUUAAUGAUAAAAGAGCUGCUGGAUACUAGAAUAAGGCCAACAGUCCAGGAAGAUGGUGGUGACGUUGUAUUCAAGGGCUUUGAGGAUGGGGUUGUGCAGUUGAAACUACAAGGCUCGUGCACAAGCUGCCCCAGUUCCAUCAUAACGCUGAAGAACGGCAUACAGAACAUGCUGCAGUUCUAUAUUCCAGAAGUAGAAAGUGUGGAACAGGUUAUUGAUGAUAAUGAGGAAGAAGAAAAAGAAGUAAACUCAACCUGACUCAAUGAAAGCUUUGGAAUCAUUGCAGAAAUAAUUUUUGCUGAUGGAUUUGUUACUAGAAGGGGACAAAAACCUCAACUUGUCAUCACUUUUUCCAGAGAUUUCUCAUUGGGACUGCUUCCAUCUGUGCUUGAUAGUUCUAAGGAAACUACUCAGAAAUAUUACUAAAGAAUAUCUGUCUAUUUCUCCCCCCCCCUUUUUUUUUUACACAAAAAAAAGGGAAGUCGAGGAGUGUGGACAGAAAGUGGUAUUCAAAGAACAUUUCCCCUCUCAGUUGAAUAUAGGUGCUGCAGUGCUUUAUAGCUAUAUUCUGUAGAAUGGUGCUGUGAUGGAUAUUGGUACAAACUUUUGACUUAUUAUUGAGAAGCCUUCCUGUUAUUUGAGACACACACUGAUCAAAUCCUGUUGUCUUUCACGCUUUCUGUAUUGAGGUCUUGCUGCAAAAGCCAUAUGGAUUUUGCCUAUCCAAAUGCAAAACGCUAUUGAGCAGAACCUGUUUUGUUCAUGGAAUAACCAGACCUUGUAUUUGACUGUAUUGUUCUCAUUUUCCUGUAGACCAAAUAAAAUACAAUCAGUAUUUA